AUGCUUAACAUUUGUCUAAGUGGAUUUGAUUCAAAAGAGAAGACUACUCUGUCAACAUUUAUUGAGGAACUCUCCGAUAUAGGAUUCAAACAGUCUCAAGGCAUGACUUUCUAAGUUAAUGUUUUGGUGUGUAAUUCUGCUUUUUAGUCAGAUAAAUAUAAAGUAGCAAAAAGACUAGAUGUUGAUGUUGUAAAUAAAGAGUGGAUCUAUAAUUGUUAUAAUUAACGCUAAAAACUAGAUACAAAAAAAUAUUUACUUAAACCAUUCAGAAAUAUCAAAUUGGCGCUAUUAGGUUUUAUGAAGAGUGAACUCGAUAAAUUAAAAGAAUUUAUAGUUAAAAAUGAAGGCGUUGUUGAAUCAGAUAUCAAUCAAUCCGAUCUUGUAGUCUUUAAAAAAGGCUCUUAAUUUGAGUUCGAAUUAAAGAAUUGCACAAAGUGUUUAGUAGAUUCCGACUGGAUUAUGUAAUGUUAUGAAAGAGCUGAAUUCGUGCCUACCCAAUACUUCCAAUAUAAUUAGUAGAAAUUGAAUGCAAGAGAAUUACUAGAGAAUUUAUAAGGAAGUGGUGUGUUGGAGGCAUUAAAAAAAGUGCAACUUUCCGAAUAUUGUUAUCUCACCAAUUGUGUGAUUUAUAUUGCUGUUAAGGAUGACAAUCUCAAAAGGAUAAUAUCACAAUUGAUUUCAGCUGGAGACGGGUUCUAUGUCAACACUCUCCUCCCCAUUGUUACUCAUGUGAUCUACUUAUAGGGAUGUAGUGAGGAAGUCAAUCAAUAGAUAUAUUAAGUUAUUCACCCUAUGUGGCUUUGUGAAUGUUUUAGAUUAAGACGAAGGUUGAGAGAAGAUGAAUAUUAAAUCAGAAUUAAAUCUUCCUUUGAAUAGACUGCUGUGAAUAGUUUUGCAGCUAGUCAAGAGGAAAUUCAAAGAGAUUAGUUUGUAUUUGGUAAGAUCCCUGACUCGAGAGCUUUCGGAGAAGAAAAUAAUAACACUUCGAAAUUCGGACUUAAAUCUUAGUCAUUUAGCAACAAUAAUAGCAAUAUGUUGGCAUUCAAUAGAUUCUCAAAUAAUACUGCAAAAAAAACCAAGUUAUUUGAAUAAUGCUAAAUAUUUGUUUUUGAUCAUCCAACUCUUGAUAAGGCUGUUCUUUCGUUAUUGAAUGAUAAUGGAGCAUUAGUCGAAAGAUUAACCUAUCCAAUGAAAGUCAAGGUUUCGAAUCUAAAGAUUAGCAAAUCUAAGGCUGUGCUAAUCUUUUUAUUGCCUGAUCAUGAAUAAUGUAAAGAAACAACUUAGAUCAUUGAAAAAGAUUGCAAAGUACAAUCCAUAAAGUAUUACAGUUAUAGAUGGGUUAAUUAUUGUUUAGAGAAGAAUCUUUUGGAACUUUAAGUGGUCAAUAAAAAAUUAUAUCAUCUAUAGCCUACGAAUUAAUAAACACCUACUCAAAUCCUAAAGAACAAAUUAAUAUAUGUUACAACAAAGGAUAUCAAUCAAAAAGUAGUUUUUAAGGAACUGGCUAAAAUAGUCACAGGCAAAUUUCCAGAAUAUAAAUUAUCAGAAUUAGAUUAUUAUGUCUCAGAUAAACAAGGAAAGAAGUUUAAAUAAAUAUUAGAUAUAAAUAGAGGUGGUAGGUUAAUGAAUUAAAUUGAGAUCAAAGAUAUUGAUUGGUUGUUAUAGUAAUAUAUUAAAUAAUAAAAUCAAUGA